AUGCAAUGCAUGUACCCCCUUCAAAUUCAAACCUUCCGCAACCUUCUCAAAGCUUGCAUAGCCCAAAGGGACCUCAUAACAGGCAAAAUCCUCCAUGCCCUUUAUAUCAAGUCGCUCAUUCCACCCUCCACCUACCUCUCCAACCACUUCACUUCCCUUUACAUCAAAUGUGGUUCCCUCCACAGUGCCCAAACUUCCUUCCACCUCACCCAACACCCCAAUGUCUUCUCUUACAACACUCUCAUCAAUGCCUAUGCCAAACACUCCCUUAUCCACCUUGCCCACCAGCUGUUUGAGGAAAUUCCCCAACCAGACAUAGUCUCUUACAACACUCUUAUAGCUGCAUAUGCUGAUAGGGGUGAGUGUGGGCCCGCGUUGAGGCUCUUUGAAGAAGUUAGAGAGCUCGGUUUGGGCCUUGACGGGUUCACGCUGUCUGGUGUGAUCACUGCAUGUGGUUAUGAUGUUGGAUUAGUUAGGCAGUUGCAUUGCUUUGUGGUGAUGUGUGGUUAUGAUUGUUAUACUUCGGUGAAUAAUGUGCUGCUCGCGUGUUAUAGUAGGAAGGGGUUUUUGAAUGAGGCGAAGAGGGUGUUUAGGGAGAUGGGAGAGGGUGGGGGCAGGGAUGAGGUUUCGUGGAAUGCAAUGAUUGUAGCAUGCGGGCAGCACCGGGAGGGAUUGGAGGCGGUGGGAUUGUUCGGUGAGAUGGUUAGGAAGGGUUUGAAGGUUGAUAUGUUUACCAUGGCCAGUGUUUUGACUGCAUUUACUUGUGUUAAGGAUUUGCUGGGAGGGAUGCAGUUUCACGGAAUGAUGAUUAAGAGUGGGUUCCAUGGGAAUUCACAUGUUGGGAGUGGUUUGAUUGAUUUGUAUUCUAAGUGUGCUGGUGGCAUGAUGGAAUGUAGGAAGGUGUUUGAGGAGAUUCGUGCACCUGAUUUGGUUCUUUGGAACACGAUGAUUUCUGGAUUUUCACAGUACGAGGACUUGUCUGAAGAUGCUCUUUGGUGUUUCCGGGAGAUGCAGCGCAAUGGUUUCCGUCCGGAUGAUUGUAGUUUCGUGUGUGUGACUAGUGCUUGUUCUAAUUUAUCAUCCCCUUCUGUCGGAAAGCAGGUUCAUGCAUUGGCUAUCAAAUCUGACAUUCCUUAUAAUCGUAUUUCAGUGAAUAAUGCUCUUGUAGCUAUGUAUUCUAAAUGUGGGAAUGUUCAUGAUGCAAGAAGGGUGUUUGAUACCAUGGCAGAACAUAACACAGUGUCAUUGAAUUCAAUGAUUGCAGGCUAUGCACAGCACGGUGUUGAGGCUGAAUCGCUCAGGCUUUUUGAACUGAUGCUGCAGAAAGACAUUUCACCUAACAGCAUAACCUUCAUAUCUGUUCUUUCUGCAUGUGGACACACAGGAAAAGUUGAAGAGGGUCAGAAAUAUUUCAAUAUGAUGAAAGAAAAGUUUGGGAUUGAGCCAGAAGCAGAACAUUUUUCGUGCAUGAUAGAUCUUUUGGGUCGGGCUGGUAAGCUCAAGGAGGCUGAGAGGAUUAUUGAAACAAUGCCAUUUAAUCCUGGUUCUAUUGAAUGGGCUACUUUGCUUGGUGCAUGUAGGAAGCAUGGAAAUGUGGAGCUAGCCGCGAAAGCAGCCAGUGAGUUCCUCCGGCUGGAACCUUACAAUGCUGCUCCAUAUGUGAUGCUUUCAAAUAUGUAUGCCAGUGUUGCAAGAUGGGAAGAGGCUGCAAACAUCAAAAGGAUGAUGCGGGGAAGAGGAGUGAAGAAGAAACCAGGUUGUAGUUGGAUAGAGAUGGAUAAGAAGGUGCAUGUCUUUGUGGCUGAAGACACUUCACAUCCAAUGAUAAAAGAGAUUCAUCUGUACAUGGAGGAAUUGUUAAGGAAAAUGAAGCAAGCAGGGUACGUACCUGAUAUAAAAUGGGCAUUGGUGAAAGAUGAAGAGGUAGGGAGAAAUGAGAAAGAAAGAAGGUUAUUGUAUCACAGUGAGAAGCUGGCAGUUGCAUUUGGCCUGAUCUCCACUGAAGAAGGAGUGCCUAUACUGGUUGUGAAGAACCUAAGAAUUUGUGGUGAUUGCCACAAUGCCAUUAAACUUAUCUCAGCCAUCACUGGUAGGAAAAUCACUGUUAGAGAUGCUCACAGGUUCCAUUGCUUUAAGGAAGGUCACUGUUCAUGCAGGGAUUAUUGGUGA